AUGGGGGGUGUUCUGACAACUCGACCCGUCAUCCAACGGUUAUCCGACUACAUGUGGCUGGGGAACAGUCGCGUGCUGGAUGAGAACCAGGUGAAAAGGGUUGCUCGCAACCUUUACGCUCUUCGAAUGGCCACAAAAACCCUUGAGGAGUACUGGGACUCUUUCGUAAGGCCCUGUCAUGUUAAAGGAUGCGAACACCCUCGCUUCUUCCCAUCCUUCGACAGCUUCAUUGAUAUCCAUACCAACGAGACCGUCGAUUUUGUCUAUGUGAAAGCAUUGCAGGAGGAGCCUUCUUGCGUCACGUUCCUCGCCAAGAAGCCUGCUGUCAACGAGGACUCAGGAGACGAAGAUCACAUCGUUAUCAAGUUUGUCCGUCGCUACAGCAAGAAAACACAUGUCAUGAUGGGCGAGCAAGGAUUUGCACCCAAGUUACUCGGGUAUCGCCCAUUGAGAGAAGAAGAUCCCGGAUACGACGAUUUGGUCCUAUUAGCCAUGGAGUAUGUUGAGGGCGAGACACUCUUCGAUCGGUAUAGGGGUGAUGUGCUUCCUAAGCGAGUCAAACAAGGUGUUCAAGAUGCCCUUCAAGCCCUUAACGAUGCUGGUUAUAUUUUCGCGGACCUUCGAAGGCCGAACCUGAUUGUCCGAGAAAGUGAUGGGAAGGUUCAGUUGAUUUUGAUUGGGUCUGUCGGACGGGUGAGGGGAUAA